AGUUCUAUUAGAUUAGGUGUUGAUUUCCAUUUGUAUCGAAGAAAAAAUAUUAUAUUUAAGGAACAACGUUGGAGACUCCGUCGCAACACAAAAAAACGCCUUUGGUGGUUGCAUCUGGAACUUUGUUUCUUUCGCCUAAGGCCCCAUCUUAAAUGAUAUUAAAUGCAUUCAUAGCAUACACAAACAAACUUCGUUUACAGUUCAGAGUCAACCUCAGUGAACAUCAACAAUGGCGGUCUCUGCUUUCUCAAACACCUUCCUAUCUCCCGCAUGUCCUACGUUUCCUUCAUCCCAUUCUUCUCUUCCCAAAUUUUCGUCUCUCAGAUUUCCCAGCUCAAGAUCUCUGCCUCUCGCUACCCAGUUGAGGAAGACCUGUGGCACAAGACGGUUUACGACGUUUUGUUCUUCAGAUGCUGCAAAUGGUCCCAAAGAAGACACCCCAAUUGAAUUAAGGUAUCCUGCCUUUCCAACAGCAUUGGACAUCAAUCAGAUUCGCGAUAUUCUGCCCCACAGGUUUCCAUUUCUUCUAGUGGAUAGAGUGAUUGAAUACAAUCCUGGAGUUUCUGCGGUGGCCAUAAAGAAUGUAACAAUAAAUGACAACUUCUUUCCUGGACAUUUUCCUGAAAGGCCAAUCAUGCCUGGUGUUCUCAUGGUUGAGGCAAUGGCACAAGUUGGUGGCUUGGUUAUGUUACAACCUGAAGUGGGAGGUUCUCGUGAGAAUUUCUUCUUUGCUGGAAUAGACAAAGUGCGAUUUAGGAAGCCAGUGAUUGCAGGAGACACCUUGGUUAUGAGAAUGACACUUACCAAACUGCAAAAGCGGUUUGGAAUAGCAAAGAUGGAAGGGAAGACAUAUGUUGGAGGUGAAGUUGUGUGUGAGGGUGAGUUUUUGAUGGCUACUGGGUCUGGGAGCGAAUAAUUAG